AUUACUACGAUCACUGUUUCUUCAAUGCCCGCAUCUCUAUAUAUCUUAAUUCUCUCUAUGCCUGUUCACUCUCUAAUCUGCUAUCUCUAAACUCCUUGGUUUCAUUGAAUUCCGAAGAAACAAGAAAAGUGGGCAAAGAAGGCAUGGCCUUUACGACCAUUAAUCUCUCUCCUUCUCCUAAGCUUGCUAUCAACAACAAUGGCUUCCCUGCUUCUCAAUUUUUUCACAGUUCCUUUUUACGAUCAAAAUCGUUCCUUGGGACUUCUUCUUUCUCAGUGGAAUCCCUUAGUUUCACCGUCGAUCAUCGUAGAUCGUCUCGGCCUCAUUGCGACGGCUCACGAUGGUCCUCUACUGCCUUCCGACGCGUUUCCCUGAAAUCAGAGCUCUCCGUUUCGGUCGAUGACCAUGGCAGUAAUGGUGCUUCCGCGGAGAGAGUGGUGGUUCUAGUUAUCGGAGGAGGGGGAAGAGAACACGCCCUUUGCUAUGCGUUGCAGCGGUCACCAUCUUGCGAUGCCGUCUUCUGUGCUCCGGGCAAUGUCGGGAUUUCCGCCUCCGGGAAUGCGACUAGUAUUCCUGACCUCGACAUCUCGGAUAGCUCAGCCGUGAUUUCGUUUUGCCGCAAAUGGAGUGUCGGUUUGGUUGUUGUUGGACCAGAGGCUCCCCUUGUUUCGGGUCUUGCUAAUGACUUGGUAAUGGCUGGGAUCCCCACAUUUGGCCCUUCAGCUGAGGCUGCUGCCUUGGAAGGUUCUAAAAACUUCAUGAAGACUAUAUGUGACAAAUAUGGGAUUCCAACAGCUAAGUAUCAAACUUUUUCGGAUGCAUCAGCUGCAAAGCGAUACAUCGAAGAGCAAGGAGCACCUAUUGUUAUCAAAGCAGAUGGACUGGCUGCCGGAAAAGGAGUCACCGUUGCUAUGACGAUAGAGGAGGCAUACAAAGCUGUUGAUUCGAUGCUUGUAGAGGGCGUUUUUGGUUCUGCUGGUUGCCGGGUCAUUGUAGAGGAGUUUCUUGAAGGAGAAGAAGCAUCGUUCUUUGCCCUUGUGGAUGGCGAGAAUGCCAUACCACUCGAGUCUGCACAAGACCAUAAACGGGUUGGAGAAGGUGACACGGGUCCAAAUACUGGUGGGAUGGGGGCAUACUCCCCGGCACCAGUCUUAACUAAAGAACUUCAAUCCGUGGUCAUGGAAUCUAUUAUUCUCCCUACGGUGAAGGGCAUGUCAAUGGAGGGAUGCAAAUUCGUCGGGGUUUUAUACGCUGGACUAAUGAUAGAGAAGAAGUCCGGCUUACCUAAACUAAUCGAGUAUAAUGUUCGGUUUGGAGAUCCGGAGUGUCAGGUUCUGAUGGUCCGCUUAGAGUCCGAUCUCGCGAAAGUUCUGCUAGCAGCUUGUAGAGGAGAGCUAAAAGGGGUGACUCUGAACUGGUCUCCUGGAUCGGCCAUGGUCGUAGUAAUGGCAAGCAAGGGUUACCCCGGCUCAUACGAGAAAGGGACUGUGAUUAGGAACCUUGAGGAAGCCGAACAUGUUGCCCCUUCGGUCGAGAUAUUCCAUGCCGGAACUGCACUCCAUUCAGAUGGAAAUUUCAUUGCUACAGGUGGUCGUGUUCUUGGGAUUACUACUAAAGGCAAAGAUCUUGAAGAAGCAAGGGACAAAGCUUACCUAGCAGUUGAAGAAAUCAACUGGCCGGAAGGAUUCUACCGGAAGGAUAUCGGAUGGAGAGCACUUCCUCAAAAGCAAUUUGCUUAA